UGGCCCCUUCCUUUGUUACAGCCUGAGUGUGAGCGGGCGUGAGCGCGCGCGGGAGUGCCGAUGCGCGCCGGGCGGUGCGUGUGAGUGUGCGUGUGUGCGCGCGCGUGUGUAAGGGCGCGUGUGUGCAUGCGGGUCGGGACCCGAAGGCGCGAGGUGGCAGCGCGGGGCAGAGAGCGGGACCGGCUUCGCGGUCUUUCUCGCCCGCGCAGAACUCGGGCAGGUAGCCGGCCGCCUCCGGCUCCUCCCCAGACGCAGCUAGCGGCUGCUCUUAGAUGGAAACCCGACCCGGGCCGGGAUCAGGCGGGCUGCGGGACGAGGGCUGGAGGGAGGCGGCCCGCGGGGGUCUGCCCCACCGCAGGGGGCGCCGGAGGUGCGGGGAGUUCCCGGAGGAGCCGGCGAUGGCCCCUGCGAGCCCCGGAGGGCGCGAGGCUUUGGAGGUGGUUUGUGCGGCCAGGGAGCAAGCGGGAGAGGGGCGGGGGCGAGGCGAAGUCUGUCUAAAUGCCAGUUCCCUGAAGUUCAGCGCGUCGGUUGUCAUUUCAUCCCUUAAUGCAUAUUUAUGCCAUGCCGAAAUAGGCUUCAUAAUUAACUCCUGGAGUCAUCCGCAGAGGUUAAAGGGACCCCGAAGAUUUGUGCAUUGAUUGGGUACCCAGGCAGUGUGUGUGUGCAUGUGUGUGUGUGUGUGUGUGUGUGUGUACGCGCGCGCGCCCCGUGCGAACCCAUUGAGAAGAAUAAUUAUUUUUCUCCGCUGGAAGCUACAGCCGAGAAUCAGACCGGGAGGGAAGAGAGAGGUUGGAGAGGGAGAGGGAAAGAGGGAGACAAAGGAAGUGAGUGCAAGAGAGGAGCCGGCUCAGCAUCCGAACUGUAGCUCCCUGGAAGAAGAAACUUCACCUAUUUCCAUCUCACCUUCAGCCAUAUCAUGAUUCCAGUUGCUUCCCCUGCCUUGAGGUGGGAGUCUGUAACCACAGAGGCCCCUGCCAACACACAGUCCCCAGCACCGCUGUGUUGAUCCAAGGACUCCACUGCCAGAGAAGAGGCCACGUUUUGAUCACCAUGGUGGAUGUGAAGUGUCUGAGUGACUAUGAGUUGCACAAGCAUCUUAUGAAGCUUGGAUUCACACCUGGCCCAAUACUACCUUCCACCAGAAAGACCUACGAGAAGAAGCUGGUGCAGCUUCUGGCCUCGCCUCCCUGGAAACCGCCUGUCAUGAAGAGACCCACAAGGCCGCACGGCUCUGAGGACAGCGAUGACAGUGAAGAUCCAGCCAUAAAAAUCAUUUUGAAAGGAAAUAUCAAAUUCUCAAAAAACAAAGGCAAGGAAGGCAAGAAGAGACUUGAGGCUUCUACUAAUAAAAGAAGAAUCUUAGACAUCUACCUGAGCCAGAAGCCCACAAAGAAAGUCAGGUAUGCUGCAAGACCAAGUCCAAGGAUUAAGCGGAGAUGUGUCUCUGAAGAAGACUACUCUCGAUGCAACAAGAGAUCCAAGAGCAGCUCCCCAUACCAGAACCCCAGGAACAACUUUCCAUGCCAGAACCCUGAGGACAGCUUUCUGUGGGAGAGCUCCGAGAACAACGUCCCAUGGAGCUUGAAGCUGGCCGUCCUUGGGAUUUUCUUCAUUGUGUUGUUUGUCUACAUAAUUGUGGAAAAGAAGCCACUCUUGGGUUAAACCCUUCAGGAGCAUAGCGGCGUCUGCUGUGUCCCGACCUUUAACAGGAACCUUAGAGCUGUGCAGAAGGUCCAUGGCUACAACCAGGCAACUUCUCCCCGCCCUAUACUGGCUUCUCCUGGCUGUUUCUGGGUUCAGCCGGGUGGAGGAGCAAGGGCAGAACCAGGCAGCAUGGUGGUGCAUGAUGGUCUGUAAGCCAAGGAAGCCAUCAUUAAAGAUGCUAAUACAUCAGCACGCUCUUCUGUAAGGGAAACUGCCUGAGCCUCCUACCCUCUGCCCUCCGGUUUCCUCCUGUCCGUUUUCUUCCCCAGCCGAAAAGGCUUCACAUUCUUACGACUGAGACUACUUGCAUACUACAGAGCAUAGAAACAAGGAGAAAAUUAUGUUCUUAAUAAAAUAUGUCUAAGUGUCCAGGUAGUGGUGA